AUGUUGCCAAGUCAACGGCUCAAGAAAAAGCCUCACCAAAAGUCAAGAAAUGGUUGCAUCAACUGCAAGCUGCGCAAGGUCAAGGUUGGUCAAUUGGCAUUCCAGUGUGACGAGUCUCAGCCCAGGUGCACAAAUUGCGACCGAUUUCGCUUGGAUUGUCGUUAUCGGAAUCUUCGGCAAAGCAUAUCCGUAUCGCCACCCACAGUUGUUCCUCAAGUUGACACAGAGCCCGCACCCGUCGCCUCAGCAAGACGUAAGCGAGGUCGGCCGCGUAAGGACUGGACCACUCAAGGCCUUGCAUCAGAGACACACGUUCAACCGGAGUCUAGCCAGGCACUGCGUUCCUCAGAUACCGAACUUAACAUCGCUCAGGCUGAGUUGCUGCAUCAGUUCAUCACUUGCACUGGGCCCAAUCUUGGCGGCUCCGAUGACCCUAAUCACCCAAUUGUCAAGUUCUGGUCGCGAAAUGCAACGCUACUCGCGAUCUCGUACCCCUAUCUGCUCCAUCUCUCUCUCUCCCUUGCGGCAUAUCACCUGGCAUUUCUAGCGUCCGAAACAGAGCCCGGCAAAGCCCGCUACACCUUCCUCGCUAGACAUCACUUCACUACUGGUCUCACCCAGGCAAAUGAAGCCUUAUCCGCCAUUAACACAUCGACUUGUGGCAGCCUUUACGUAUCAACCAUACUGGUGUGCUUCUGUUCAUUUGCCGCGGGACCAAGCGGUCCUGACGAUCUUUUUGUAUGUUCUGCAGGGGGUACAUCCUCUCACAAAUGGCUUCCACUAGCACGUGGUGCGCGACUGAUACGAGAGCUUUACGACGAAAGUGUCCUGUUCUCAGGACAUACGGAGCCUUUUGGUAGUAAUAGUGGCAUACCACCUGAAGACCCUCGUCCGACCUGUGUCUGCAGGGGCUUCGUAAGAGUUGACUGGACUGGCCCUGUUGCAAGACUACACGACUUGGUAAUGCCAACUGCAACGUCGAGCAAUGGUGUCUAUGUAGACUCCCUGCAGAUGCUUACUGCUAUCUACGAGGUUACAUUUGGUGAUAACGAUGGAUCCGUCCAAGCACCCUUGCAUCACAAAGCAGUCCUUAUAUGGAUUUACCUGAUGGAUGAUUCAUUUGUGGAGUGCCUACAGAGAAAAGAACCCAUAGCAUUGCUCCUACUAGCCUAUUACGCCCCUCUGAUUAAAACCUUGAAAAGAGACUGGUUCCUGCAUGGCUGGGCUGAACACAUUCUUCGGGCAUCAGAGAUGUAUAUAACCGACGACUAUGCUGACUUCUUGCAAUGGCCGGCUGCAGCAGUGAGAUCAAUAUGA